AUGACUAGCCCAUCUCCCAUGUCUAUUACACAACUGGUGCACUCGGAAGAAGACAGUGACGUCAAAUCAACAGCACAAUCACUUGGACCAUUUGAUUCCAAAGAAAACACUUCCAACAAGCGUCCUUUCCCUGGACCACUCAUCACCCUUCCCCCUCUCAAUCACUAUCCACCUACUCCUUCAACAACACCAAGUUCACCACUUCCAACGCCCAUUUUAGGAUUCUCAAACCCACGCUACUCAAUCUCCAGUGAUUCAACCAUAGAAGAUGACUUGCAUCAUCAAUCACAUUCACACCUACACUCUCUCUCACGCUCACACUCACACUCACAUUUACAGCAACAAAAUCAACAGCAACCCCCUCUUCCACUUCAUCCCCAUCCACACUCCCUCAACCAUCAUUUGAACCAUCAUCAUCUGAAUCAUCAUCUGAAUCAUCUGAACCCCCAUCAUUUGCAUCACAUGAACCAACAGCAGCACUUUAUGCACCGCGUAUCAAACAUUCCAUUGGUAAAUUCUGCCCUCAGAGCCUACGAAAGUUCAAAGGCAUCGUCCAGUGUAGUCAAAUAUGGUGCCGAAAUGGUCGAGUCCUUUGCGGCCCCAAUCUAUGACAAGCUGGAGGAACGAUAUCCUAGCUAUGUAACAUCACCAGAAGAACAAGAAGAUGCCACUAUGGCGGCAGCUAGUGCGCUGGCCCGUGCAUCUCUAACAGAUGAAUACGAAGGAGGUGUUAGAAGACGAAGAGAAGAUUCGCGCGAAGAUCAAACAUAUGGUUCAAGGUCCCGUUCUCGAUCGGCGUCCCGGUCGACAUCCCGGUCAACGUCCCCCCGUCGGCCCUACAAUCUUGCCACCAAGACCACCGCCAUUCGACACCGUACCCAGCCGAUCGGAAAAAGCAAGUGGCACCAGAUCGUGAUGCACGCCGGUUCAGCAGCUGGCACAACCGCAGCCGUUGUGAGUGAAGAGAGUAUGAAAUGUCUUCGCUAUUGCCUCAGUUGGCUUCAGUAUGCCACACAAAAUAUAGACCACCAAAUGAAUAUCCUACGCAGCUUUCUGGUCGCACUCGCCACACACACCAACCAAUCACAAUCAUCUCCAGCUACUGCGACAACUACAUCAUCAUCCUCAUCAGCAUCUAAUAAUCCUAAUAACGAAAACGAAAAUGAAAACGAAAAUAAUAAUUAUAAUAACACCGAAAACAAUAACGAGAGCAAUAACACAUCAUCAUCAUCAUCAUCAUUAUCAUCAUCAUCAACAAUGGCGCAGUCUGGCAUAGUUAAUAAUAGUACAUCAGCCCUUGGGGCCAUCAAAAAGGAAAUCAUUGAUACACUGCGUAAAGUGGUUGAGGUUGUGAGCCGGUACGCUGGGUCUGGCUUGCCUGAACAAGCCAAGGCAAGUGUACGUGGCUUUAUCCUCGCCUUACCUGGUCGAUGGGCUAUCCUGAACUCUAACACUAAUGGUGGCGGGAUCGGGAUUCAUACUAUUCUGGACUGCCCCACAACACCAGCAACGAAUAACAAUGAAUCAGAUGUGCAUGAAACCUCAAUUAGACUACUUAAUUUUGGCGGCGAGUCUAUUGAAAUGCUCCAGUCUGUCAGCAAUGUGUUUGCAGACACGAUUGAGCGUGCCGAGUUGUGGUUGGAGCGACUGAGAGUCGUGGGCGUGGCGGGUGUGUCACGGCCAGAAAAAUGCGGAGCUACCAUGGAAACCGUUCCUGAACAGCCCAAUGAAUCAAUGGACCUGAGCUAA